AUGAAAUUACCGGGCAAAGUUGCAGUGCCAGAUCCUCCCGGACCAAGCCGAAGACGUUUUGAAGAAACGACGCAACAAUCAAAAGAAUACCGCUCGGGAGCUAGAAAUGAUGGCAGUUGGCAAAGUCAGCCGCAGUGGUCCGGUAAUCCUGACGGGUUUGAGCAACAGUGGACGUCACCAUAUGCGCCAGAGGGGCAGUGGAAUCAAGCUGGAAGAUCGGAGCUUCCAAAUAGAUCAUUUAAUCGUUCCGAUACGAGGACGAGUUGGCAACCAAAUGUUCCCGCAAAUAUGAAUUCGCCUGCGCCGUUCCACUUCCAAAACAUUCCUUCCACUAAACCAGGGUUUCAUCGCAACACUCAAGGAAAAUUUGCGAGAGGUAAUUUCUUAAAAAAAAAUAUACAUGUAUAA